UUGCCGACCCUCGCGCAUGUGUAGCCCCGCGUGCACGCAAUUCAGGAUGGCCCGCACCAUGGAAUCACUGGCAAAGAAGAUCUUUAAAGGAAUUUUAGUAGCUGAACUUGUGGGCGUUUUUGGAGCCUACUUUUUGUUUACCAAGAUGAACACAAGCCAAGAUUUCAGGCAAACAAUGAACAAGAAAUUUCCCUUCAUCUUGAAAGUUUAUUACAAAUCCAUUGAACAGGCUGGAAUGCAUGGUAUCAGAGAGCAAGAUCAACAAAAAUGGUUAAACAGCAAAAAUUAGAAAUUUGGCCACUGAUCAAAGUUUACCCUUAAGAGAAAUAUCAUAAUAUCAUGCAGGAGUAUUACUCCAAAGUUAACAUGGAUGGAUUUUGAAAUAUUCAAGGCAAAAUGAGCUGGGCAUGCAUGGUGGCUCAGCCUGCAAUUUCAGCACUUUGGGAGGCCGAGUUGGGAGGAUCGCUUGAGCCCAGGAGAACAUCCUAAGCAACAUAGAAGACCUUAUUUCGACCAAAAGAUAAAAAAAUUAGCUGGGCAUGGUGCAUGUGCCUGUAGUCCUAGCUACUUGGGAGGCUGAGGCAGAAA